GAUGGCGGCCGCAGCUAUCGCCAGCCGCCGUUUCUUCCGAGCGGGAGGACGCUGGGACUGUGCCUUUCCCUGAAUGGCCGAGAAGAUUUCGCGAUGAAUCUGACGCGCUGGAGUGGGAAACGACGACGUUCAGCACCAGGCUCAGACUUCUUUUCGGGAAGCGGCGGUGACAGCAGUGACAACCCCCUGCUCCUCUCGGGGCCGGUGCUGAGCCCGCCCCCGGGCCUGAGACGCAGCCUGAAGGACCGCGGCCGCCCGCCGGCCAGAGCUGCAGGUACUCCCAGGCACUCCGUGGGCAGCGGGCGAGGGGAAUGCAAGCAGACGUUUCCUGACGAUGAAGUAGACAAGCUGCUGUUGGCAAAUUGGGGGCUUCCUCCAGCGGUUCUGGAGAAAUAUCACAGUUUUGGUGUAAAAAAGAUGUUUGAAUGGCAAGCGGAGUGCCUUUUGCUUGGACAAGUCCUGGAAGGAAAGAAUUUAGUCUAUUCAGCUCCUACAAGUGCUGGGAAGACUCUUGUUGCUGAACUACUUAUUUUGAAGCGGGUCUUGGAAACACGGAAGAAAGCUCUAUUUGUUUUGCCCUUUGUCUCUGUGGCUAAAGAGAAGAAAUACUAUUUCCAGAGUCUGUUUCAGGAAGUAGGAAUAAAAGUAGAUGGUUAUAUGGGCAGUACCUCUCCAACAGGGCAUUUCUCUUCUUUGGAUAUUGCUGUCUGCACAAUUGAGAGAGCCAAUGGUCUGAUCAAUCGCCUCAUAGAGGAAAAUAAGAUGGAUCUAUUAGGAAUGGUGGUUGUGGAUGAAUUGCAUAUGCUGGGGGACUCUCCCCGAGGUUAUCUGCUGGAACUUCUGCUGACCAAGAUUUCCUAUAUUACUCAGAAAUCAGCAUCUUGCCAGGCAUAUUUAGCCAGUCCUCUGUCUAAUGCUGUGCAGAUUGUUGGCAUGAGUGCUACUCUCCCAAAUUUGGAGCUUGUGGCUUCCUGGUUGAAUGCUGAACUCUACCACACUGACUUUCGCCCUGUACCACUGCUGGAAUCAGUAAAAAUUGGAAAUUCUAUUUAUGACUCUUCACUGAAGCCUGUGAGGGAAUUUCAACCCAUGCUACAAGUAAAGGGAGAUGAGGACCAUGUUGUUAGUUUAUGUUAUGAGACCAUUCGUGAUAACCAUUCAGUAUUACUUUUCUGUCCAUCAAAGAAAUGGUGUGAGAAGUUGGCAGAUAUCAUUGCCCAUGCGUUUUACAGUCUACACCAUCAAGCUGAGGGAUUGGUAAGAUCAUCUGAACUUCCACCAGUGAUACUGGAACAAAAGGGCCUCCUAGAAGUGAUGGAUCACUUAAAACGCUUGCCUUCAGGACUGGACUCUGUAUUACAAAAAACUGUGCCAUGGGGAGUAGCGUUUCAUCAUGCAGGUCUUACUUUUGAGGAGAGGGAUAUCAUUGAAGGAGCCUUCCGUCAAGGUCAGAUUCGGGUCUUGGCAGCAACUUCUACUCUUUCAUCUGGGGUGAAUUUACCUGCACGUCGUGUAAUCAUUAGGACUCCUAUUUUCAGUGGUCGAUCUCUAGAUAUUCUUACUUACAAGCAGAUGGUUGGUCGUGCUGGCAGGAAAGGAGUAGACACAGUAGGUGAGAGUAUCUUAGUUUGUAAAAACUCUGAGAAAUCAAAAGGUAUAGCUCUACUUCAGGGAUCUCUAAAACCUGUUCGCAGCUGUUUGCAAAGACAAGAAGGAGAAGAAGUAACUUCGAGCAUGAUAAGAGCUAUCCUGGAGAUAAUAGUUGGUGGCGUGGCAAGUACAUCACAGGACAUACAAACUUAUGCUUCUUGCACAUUUUUGGCUGCAAGUAUGAAAGAAGGGAAGCAGGGAAUUCAGAAAAAUAAAGAUUCUGUUCAACUUGGAGCAAUUGAGGCCUGUGUAAUGUGGCUACUAGAAAAUGAAUUCAUUCAGACUACUGAAGCUAGUGAUGGAACAGAAGGAAGUGUGUAUCAUCCAACACAUCUUGGUUCGGCAACUCUUUCUUCGUCACUUUCUCCAGUUGAUACUUUAGAUAUUUUUGCUGACCUCCAAAGAGCAAUGAAGGGCUUUGUUUUAGAAAAUGAUCUGCAUAUUGUUUAUCUGGUUACACCUGUGUUUGAGGAUUGGACUACUAUUGAUUGGUAUCGAUUUUUCUGUUUAUGGGAGAAGUUGCCAGCUUCUAUGAAACGGGUGGCAGAGCUAGUGGGAGUUGAAGAAGGGUUCUUGGCUCGCUGUGUGAAAGGAAAGGUAGUAGCCAGAACUGAGAAACAGCACCGACAAAUGGCCAUCCAUAAAAGGUUUUUUACCAGUCUUGUGCUAUUAGAUUUAAUCAGUGAAGUUCCCUUAAAGGAGAUUAAUCAGAAAUAUGGAUGCAGUCGUGGACAGAUUCAAUCGUUACAACAGUCAGCUGCUGUUUAUGCAGGGAUGAUUACAGUGUUUUCCAACCGCUUGGGCUGGCACAACAUGGAACUACUACUGUCCCAGUUUCAGAAGCGUCUUACAUUUGGCAUCCAGAGGGAGCUGUGUGACCUGGUCCGGGUAUCCUUACUUAAUGCACAGAGAGCCAGAUUCCUCUAUGCUUCUGGCUUUCUUACUGUGGCCGAUCUUGCCAGAGCAGAUGUUGCUGAGGUGGAAAGUGUUCUGAAAAAUGCUGUGCCUUUUAAAAGCACCCGAAAGGCAGUGGAUGAGGAAGAGGAAGCAGUUGAAGAGCGUCGGAAUAUGCGAACUAUUUGGGUGACUGGCAGAAAAGAUUUAACUGAAAGGGAAGCGGCAACUCUUAUAGUAGAAGAAGCCAGAAUGAUUCUGCAGCAGGACUUAGUUGAAAUGGGAGUGCAGUGGAGUCCAUAUUCACUUUUAAAUUCUGAUACACACUCAUUGACCUGCAGUGAAUCAGAAGUAAAAGAACACAAAUUUAUACCCCAAACUAAGAGUUCUUAUAAAAGAUUAACAUCAAAGAAGAAAUGUAACACAAUAUUUAAUGAUUCUUCUGUUACUCAUUUACCAAAUACAGUGCAAGAUUUAGAUAAAAGUAGAGAGCAUACAGAUUCCUUUUAUUAUAAAUUUCAGGAUGGGCAUCAAGAACGUCAGGUGCAUUCCAUUUCCAGAACAAAAAAACGGGCUUCUUUGAGUAUAAAUAAAGAAAAGCUAGGAACCUCUCUGAAUGAGGGGAAAGCAAGCACUACGAAAGUUGUUCAGACUCUCUCGUCUGAGAAAACAAAAAAAGAAGCUUUGAAUUUCAGUUCAGAAGAGAUGAGUACAACCUCUCAAUCUUGGAAACAUAGUAAGCAUCUAAAAGAAUCUAGAGACAGUAGCCCUGUGAAAGACACUAGGAUGUGUAGAAUCAAUUUACAAGAACAGACUCUGUCUAAUCCUAUUCAUUGUGAAGAGUCAUUUACUUCAGAUGAGAAGAAUAUGGAAUUUAGAAGUCUAGAGCCAUUUGCUAAAAACAUAUCUUUCUGUGCUGAGGGAAGAUAUAGCAAAGUAUCAUUCCCAUCACAAACAGAGCAAAGUUGUUCAAGGAACAAUAAAAUAUCUAAUGACGUUCUUGUGGAAUAUUUUAUCACAGGAUCCCAGAAGAAAAAUGUGACUCAUCAAGCCACUAGUGUGGUUAGUGAAAAUGGAAGAGGAUUAGCUGUUGAAUCAGAAAAAAAAAAUGAAGCGCUGAUACAAAAUGAUUCAAAAAACCAGCAUGUUAAUGUGAAACACCAUGACACCCAUCCAAUUAACCAGUACCUGGAAAAGCAGUUUGAUAAACAGACAAAUACUUACACCAAACUGAAAAAACCAAUAGCAAGACAAAUGCCCUAUGAGACAGACAGCAGUUAUAUGAAUAGGGACUCAAAUGUUGUUAUGAAAUGUGAAAGUACAAAGUUUAAUGCUGAGGAAAAUAAAUCAAGUAAUCUUCAGGUAUCAGGAGAAAACAUAAGCAGCACUGAGAUACCCAGUGGAGUACAUCUACUAAGUGGGGCAUUUGGUAAAUCAGGAGGCCAGCGUGAGAAUAUUCUAAAUACCCUUAGAGUACAAGUAAAAACAGAUGCUUAUGCAGCAGACAGAACUAAAAAUAAUCAUGUUUCUGACUUAGGUUUAGAUCUCUGUGAUUUUGAAGACAGUUUCUACCUGGAUACUCAGUCAGAGAAAAUAAUUCAACAGAUAGCACCUGAAAAUGCCAAGCAAGAAGGAGCAAAGGAUACCAGCUUGGCAACAGGAAUGAUGCAGAAGAGCCUAGACAAACAGAGCUCAGUAAGCUCCUUUCAGAAAGAGAUUCACAUUACUUUUCCAGGUGAACAACAUUCACCAGGAAUGACAAAUCAUUUGAAACUUAAGACUGUAGAUGCUAUGAAACAAAGCACUGAUUCACAUGGGGUUGAUAACCUGACUCCAGAAAGCCCAAUUUUUUAUUCUCCAAUAUUAAUAGGGGAAAAUGACCCAUGUUUUAAAGGCAAUGAACUUUCUGUUACUGACUCCCAAUUAAACAGUUUUCUUCAAGGUUAUCAAACACAAGAAGCUAUGAAACCAGUUAUACCUCUGGUUCCUAAAAUGAGAACUCCUACUGAUAUAGAAGUAGAAUAUCUGCCAGUUCCUGAAACAAGUUUGAAUUUGAGUGGUAGCUUACUGUUUGACAGUUUAAGUGAAGAGUACCUCGUAGAAGAACAACCACCUGAUGUACAAGCAAAAGAAUGCCUUCCUUCUGAAAUAACUUCAGUCCAUUUUGCUGAUUCUCUGUGUCUACAACCAGAGGGCCCAAUUAAAAAAUCAGAUGUGAAUGAGAAUCAAGAUAAUCAGCAGCCAUUUUCUUGUUUCAGUGAUGAAUCUACUGUAUUUUCAGAAAUGGAUUCUGCUCAGAUGGUUGAAGCUUUGGAUAAUGUAGAUGUAUUUCCUGUCCAAGAGAAACAUAAUGCUGCAGGAUGUCUUAGAGUAUUAGAACUGAGUGAUCCAGUGAUUGUGGGUAAUGAUUAUUCCCAAAGAGAAGUAAUUGGAGGAGAUAAAGAUAAAAGGUCUCAGAAAUCCAAAUUAACUGGGACACGGCAAGAUAAUUCAUUCAUAUGGUCAGGGGCAUCAUUUGAUCUAAGUCCAGGACUGCAAAGGAUUUUAGAUAAUGUGUCCAGUCCUCUAGAAGACGAAAAGCUAAAAUUAACCAUUACAGACUUUCUCAGUUUGAAAGGAAAAAAUACAGAGGUAAAUGACAAACAAGAAAUGAUUUCAAAUUUGGAGACAAAUCAAGUGCAAGGAAUUCCAUUUUCCCCUAAUAUUGUGGUAAAAGGCAAUAUUGACGCACUAGAGAACAAUGUCCUUCAUGGUGAAACCUCCUCCCUCUUGCCUUGUAAAGAAAACUGUAUAGUUGAUGAUAAUGGACUCAUUCCUCCUAUACCAUCUGCUUCUAAGUUGUCAUUUCCAAGUUUUCUUGGAACAUCUUCUGUAAAACUUAAGAAAAUUGGUGGUGGUUUACAACUUGGUGAAAGUUAUUCAUUUGGCUCACCUUCAGAUAAUAAAAACUGCGAUUUAAGUCCAGAGACUAGAAAUGGUUUCAAAGAUGACAGUCCUACUAGAGACACAAGCUUUUCACCGCAUUUAUCACAGGAUGGAUUGCAGUUAACUCUAGCCUCAUGCAGUCCAGAAAGUUUGGCCAUAAUUGACGUAGCGAGUGACCAAACUCUCUUUCAAACAUUCAUGAAGGAGUGGCAAAACAAAACUCGAUUUUCCAUCUCAUUGGCUUGUGAAAAGAUCAGUAAUUUGACAUCUUCUAAAAGUGCUACUAUUGGUGGUAGGUUUAAGCAAGUUAGUUCCUCUCAGGAAAGCCCUAUUGGAGCUGAUGGAAUUCCUGUUAAAGGCUCUGAUGGCAUCUUGGUGGUUGGACUGGCAGUAUGCUGGGGUGGAAGAGAUGCUUACUAUUUUUCAUUGCAGAAGGAACAAAAGCAUUCUGAAAUUAGUGCCAGUUUGGCCCCACCUUCUCUGGAUCCAAGCCUGACUGUGAAAGACAGAAUGCGGCACCUUCAAUCUUGCUUUCAAAAGGAAUCUGAUAAAGAACGUUCUGUUAUCAUCUAUGACUUCAUCCAGAGCUAUAAAAUUCUUCUUCUGUCUUGUGGCAUCUCCCUGGAACAAAGUUAUGAAGAUCCUAAGGUGGCAUGCUGGUUACUAGAUCCAGAUUCCAAGGAGCCGACUCUUCAUGGCAUAGUUUCCCGUUUUCUUCCUCAUGAGCUUCCACUCCUGGAAGAGAUAGAGACUGGCCAAGGAACUCAAAGCCUAGGGCUGAAUGUCACCACUGAGCAUUCUGGGCGAUACAGAGCAUCUGUAGAGUCCAUUCUCAUCUUCAGCUCUAUGAGUCAACUUAAUUCUUUGUUGAAGAAGGAAAACCUUCAAGAUGUCUUCUGUAAAGUGGAAAUGCCCUCCCAGUACUGCUUGGCCUUGCUAGAACUAAAUGGAAUCGGCUUUAGUACCGCAGAAUGUGAAAGUCAGAAACACAUAAUGCAAGCCAAACUGGAUGCAAUUGAGACUCAGGCCUAUCAACUAGCUGGCCAUAGUUUUUCUUUCACCAGUUCAGAUGACAUCGCUGAGGUUUUAUUUUUGGAAUUGAAGUUGCCACCAAAUGGAGAGAGAAAACACCAAGGCAGCAAGAAAACUUUGGGUUCUACCAGAAGAGGGAAUGAUGAUGGAUGGAAGCUAAGGCUGGGAAAACAGUUCAGCACUAGUAAGGAUGUUUUAAAUAAAUUAAGGGCAUUACAUCCUUUACCAGGCUUGAUAUUAGAGUGGAGAAGAAUCACUAAUGCUAUUACCAAAGUGGUCUUUCCCCUGCAGCGGGAAAAACGUCUGAAUCCUUUCCUUGGAAUGGAAAGAAUCUAUCCUGUAUCACAAUCACACACUGCUACAGGACGAAUAACCUUUAUAGAACCAAAUAUUCAGAAUGUACCAAGAGAUUUUGAGAUCAAAAUGCCAACACUAGUAGAGGAAAGCCCACCUUCCCAAGCCCUAGGCAAAGGCCUACUUCCUACGGGCAGAGGAGGAAAAAAGAAGGGUUGUGGCCUGAACCCCAGGCACCAGGCAGAGAUGGAGGAGAGAGCUUCAGAGAGAGGAAUGCCGUUUUCAGUUAGCAUGAGACAUGCCUUUGUGCCUUUCCCAGGUGGUUUAAUAUUAGCUGCUGAUUACUCUCAACUUGAGCUGAGGAUCUUGGCUCAUUUAUCCCACGAUCAUCGUCUCAUUCAAGUACUAAACACUGGAGCUGAUGUUUUCAGGAGUAUUGCAGCUGAAUGGAAGAUGAUUGAGCCAGAGUCUGUUGGGGAUGAUCUGAGGCAACAAGCAAAACAGAUUUGCUAUGGAAUCAUUUAUGGAAUGGGAGCUAAAUCUUUGGGAGAGCAGAUGGGUAUUAAAGAAAAUGAUGCUGCUUUUUACAUCGACUCCUUCAAAUCCAGAUAUACUGGGAUUAAUCAUUUCAUGAGAGAGACAGUGAAGAAUUGUAAAAGAGAUGGAUUUGUUCAGACCAUUUUGGGAAGGCAUAGAUAUUUACCAGGAAUCAAAGACAACAACCCUUAUCACAAAGCUCAUGCUGAGCGUCAGGCUAUCAACACAAGAGUCCAAGGUUCAGCGGCUGAUAUUGUCAAAAUAGCCACAGUUAAUAUUCAGAAGCAAUUAGAAACCUUCCACUCAACCUUCAAAUCCCAUGGUCAUCGGGAGAGUAUGCUCCAAAAUGACAGAACAGGAUUGUUACCAGAGAGAAAACUGCAAGGGAUGUUCUCUCCCAUCAGAGGAGGCUUCUUUAUCCUUCAACUCCAUGAUGAACUCUUAUAUGAAGUGGCAGAAGAGGAUGUUGUUCAGGUAGCUCAGAUUGUCAAGAAUGAAAUGGAAAGUGCUAUAAAACUCUCUGUGAAACUGAAAGUGAAAGUGAAAAUAGGUGCCAGCUGGGGAGAGCUGAAGGACUUUGAUGUGUGAUUGUAGGGAACCCUGGUGUAGGUACAAUCACAUGGAAAAAAUAGAGAUUACCCUUUCACCUACUUCAUGAAAAUAGAAACCCUCAAGUUUUGAUGAACUUAUGAUAGUAAUUUUAUAGUGAGAGUUUCAAAACAUAUAUGAGUUUAUUUUCUGUAGUAUGAAAAAACUUUGAGGCAAAAUAUCAAGUUUAAUGAUUAUAUUCGCUCUCAAAGAGUAUCUAUGAAAUUGCCUUUUAUAGUUUACUGUGGCUCUAAACAGUUUCAGAACACACGCUUGAAAUACGUACUUAGCACUUUGGAUCUUCGUCUGUCUGGUUGAGCAUGAAGAAAAUGAAACUGCUGUCUCAGGGUCAUUUUCAUCCCAACCAGGAUUCAGAUACUGGUGAUACAGACCCCUGAAGGAGCCAGAGGCAGAUAAGGAUUUGGUUUCACAUAAACCACCAGGGUUAGGUGUUGUGUGUGAUUUUCAUCCAGUAUCGGUGUAAGACUUCUGAAGUGGUAUUUUUAAAUAGCACUGGCUAGUAAAUUAAGAAUUCUAUAAAGUGGUAAGACUUGGUAUGGAUGUAGUCUAGGAAUGGAUUUUCAUGAAUUGCCAUUUCUUCUUCCUUUCCCUCUCCCAAUUCAUGCAAUUAAUAUAUUUCCAAUACUUAGGUAUUAUAAAGCAAGCUACACCUCUUCAAGAGGUAUUCUGAUCUUAAGAUCAGAUGUUUAUACUGCAGUUUAAUGUAACACUGCCAGAGAAGGAAAACACCCCCUCAUCAGUCCCUCAGUGCCUCUUUCUCUGUGGCAUGGUGUGAAUACUCAUGCUAAAAGACUGUAUUUUAUAAUCCCAGUCAGAGGUGAAUA